CACGGAGAAUAUCCCAAACUAAAUGCUAUCCCCGCAACAAAUUUCACGUGCUUCACAAAACUCCCAGGCUACUAUGCUGACCCCCACCCCAAGGCUGGUUGCCAAGUGUACCAUAUGUGUAACAUGAAGGGGAGGAAAUACAGUUACCUUUGUCCUAACCACACCUUGUUCAACCAAGUUCAAUUGAUCUGUGACCACUGGUAUAACGUGGAUUGCACGUUGGCAGAAGCUAAUUACAAAGUCAACGAUAACUUGUUUGCAGAAGGAAAAGUAAAAUUCGAAACGGAACGACCCAAACCACCUUCUUCAUUUCCAGUAAAGCUUAACGCCAAUAGAACCAGUGUUCCUUACGGUCGUACACCAGGUUUAUCUAUUCGGAAACACAAGACUCCCUUUCAUAUACCGGCUGAUGGCAGUCGAGGGCGUUCACAAAUAGUUUUUCAAAAUGGACCAUACCCAAAAAGAGUGAGAGUUCAUGACUCGCAUAGGAAGUGUGCUGGUUGUAUGACAUUCUUUAUUCGAGAUGGUGCACAGUGCACACCUUGUGUUUGGCCAAGAUGAUUAAAAUUUUACUGUACCAUAUAGACCACGGUGGUUAUGUUGCUUAUACAAGUGCCUUUUCAAAACCCGCUAAGCAACAAUAACCUGUUUGUAACGUUUGAAAUUGUUUAAAGGUAUUAACACAAUUUUAAGUAAAAGUCAAUCAUUUUAUGUUAAUCCUUGAAGAAUAAAUAGUGUAUGUUAAAUUGAUAUUGGUAUUAAAGGUUGCGUUACCAGGUCAUAUUUAAACAAACAAGACUUAAUGAAUGCUGUGUAUAAUGAUCAUAUGUCUUGAACAAUAACUUGAUUACACCACUAGUGCUUCAAAUGUUAAUUUUGAAAGCGUUGUCAGAAAUAUUUAAUUAUAGAAACGAAGUAGAUUACAAAAUAAUUGAUAUAUAUUUGAUAGUUGUACGAAUCUCACAGCUGACUGUGGUAGGUUACAAAAUAACUGAUAGAUAUUUUAUACUUGUACGAUUCUCACAGUUGACUGUUUUACAUUCCACUUCACAAAACAUUGCUCAUGAUAGAGCAACCGUCGUGGUUCUGGUGUUCAUCUUGUUACAGCGAAUAUGUCAAUAACAACAGUAACAAACUAGUGAUCUCUAGAGUAAGCAGGAUUGAACCUGUAUGUAAAACGUACUGCUUACUACGAUGUCAAUA